UGGCCGCUGUGGGGCAGGCUGGGAGGCAGCCGCCAGGGGCCUCGCGUCUGCAGCUGGGAAAGCCCCGACUGCCCGGCAGCGCCCAGGGCCCCGGAGCAACUGGUGGGAGUCGGACCCCCCGGCGCAGCAGGACCCCGGCCCGGGCAGAGCGGAUCGGGGCUUCCCGAGAGCCGGCGCCAUGGUGGAGAAGAACCUGGACCGAUGCCAGAAGGAGACAGAGGAGGUGACUCAGAUUAUGCUGGUCAACUAUAACAAGGUGCUGGACCGGGAGGCCAAGCUCAGCGACCUGGACGACAGAGCAGAUGAGCUCCGCAACAUGAGCUCCACCUUCAGCAGGACGACGAAGACGGUGGCGCAAAAGAAGCGCUGGGAGAACAGGAAGUACAAGAUAUUCCUGGCGGUGGUAGUGGUGGUCGUGGUGUUGAUCAUCCUGGCCGUGGUUCUAUGGCUGUCGUUGCGCGGGGCCGGGAACCAGGCCGCCGAGAGCCGGGCCCCCGGGAACCAAGCCACCGAGAGCCAGGCCUCCGUGAACCAGGCCACUGAGAGUAGGAUCACCCCCAUGCAGGCUGACUGAGGGAAGGAGAUGACCCAGUGCCCUCUCUGCUAGGGACGCAGCUGCCCUGGGCUCAGUGCAAUAUGGACACCGCGCACAUGGAGACUGCAGGGGCUACCAUUGGAGCUGGGGCUUUUCUUUAGCUAUUUGGAAAGGCCCCUUCGCAGAUGGGUCACAACACUGGGAAACAGUAUUGACAGCCCAGCUCCAGGGAGCAACCCUUCUGCAGACUAAACAAUCCCAGUUCCCUCAGCCUCUCCUCAUAAGUCAUGUGCUCCAGCCCCCUAAUCAUUUUUGUUGCCCUCCGCUGGACUCUUUCCAAUUUUUCCACAUCCUCCUUGUAGUG